AUGGGAAAAUUUAGAUCAAAACUAAAGGGUAAAUCAAAGGGCAAGAGAUGGCAGAAGGGUCAAUCGUCGAAUUCGAACCCAAAAACUCAAAAGUACAGAGAAAUGGCCAAAUCCCGGUUUUUCCAAGAGAACCUCGGAAGUACUGGUUUAACACAGCAGGCUGUCUUAAAGCAUGAUGCUAUGAUGACGUAUGGCCACAGCAGUGGUAAACCGAAAUCAGAUGCCCUAAAUGAGCUGACCAUAGCAAAAGACUUUGAGAAUAUGUCUGUGAGGACUGGGGACGAUGAAUCUGAAACUGAAUACUCUGGUUCUAUGAAGUGGGGUACAGUGAAGUCGUUCCAAACAUUUGCAUCUGAUUGGAGCCAAUGUUCUAAUGUCAGUUUUAGCAAGCUUUUAAAUAGGUUUGAUUCAAAAAAUGCUGUUCACAAGGAUAUGCUGGCUAUAUUAGCCGCUGUGACUGAUGUUAUUAAAGAGCAAGGAGGUAAAGAAUCUACCACAGAAUAUUUUGCUGCAUUGAUGCAAACUCUAAAAGCGUCUAAUGAUGAAAGCAGCAUAGUUGCAACACUAUCACUUCUAGCGAUGGGCAUCAAGUCUGUACCUCAAGCAGUGCUCAGGAGACAGUUUUCGGACUCUGCUUCAAUAUUAAUUGAGUUAUUGGAGAAGAAUAUGCAAAGUGAAAAUGGUACACUGCUGCGGAGUGCUAUUGGAUGCCUGUCCGUACUUUUGAGAGCACAGGAGUAUGCUUUGUGGGGUGAUUCUUCUACGAUGAAAGUAUUUGAGGCUGUGCUUGCAUUCACAUUACAUUCAAAGCCUAAGGUACGAAAGGCAGCGCAGCAUGCAGUUACUGCUAUUCUACGGGGCAGUAGUUUCAUGAUACCAUCAGAAGAUCCAAAAAUCAAGGUUCCUAAAUUGCAUCCGGCAUCAAAUAGAGUAGCAGAGUAUUGCUUGUCCCAAAUAAAGGCAGAAGCACUGUUAUCUGGUCACCGCUCCGUUCUCCACAUACUGACAAUGCUCCGUGACAUGCUCCAUGUAUUCAGCAAAGAUUAUAUAAAGGCGAUCUGCGAGGCGAUCCUCUCGCUGAUGGCGCACAACAACGUGUACAUCCGCACGUGCUGCAUGCACACGCUGCACGCGCUGCUGUCCGCGCCCGCCGGCAACCUGGGGGGGGCGCUGGCGUCGCAGCUGGCGCGCGCCCUGCUCGCCGCUCGGCCCGCCGCCGCGGACACCGGCCAGGUGCCCGCCUGGGCCGCCGUGCUGCAGCAGGCCCUGUGCUGCCUCGCCAGAUUGGAUCUGAACCUGUGUAUGCCCAACCUUCCGCCGUUCGUCAACAUCUGCGUCUCCGAGUUGUGGCUCUCGGAUGUCCCUGACAUAAAUGCGGCUGCCACCAGCGCACUUAAGGCGAUCCUGAUGGACUGCGUGGGCGUGUGCGCGGCAUCAGCCGAGUGUCUGGUGAAGCACCGAGCUCACGUGAACUCGGUGCUCAGCGCGAUAGGCACCGGCCUGGACAACCCCUUCAACCAAGCGCUGCGCCACGUCAUCAUGACCAUAGCGGUCUGCUUCGAGAUAGGCAACGAGCAUCUCGCGGACAGCCUCGGCGCGCUGCUGAGGAAACUAAACGAGAGGAAGGAGAGCCACAACUUCGACCUCCACAAGGAGGUGGAACAUGCCACGGGAUGCGCCGUGAGAGCCCUCGGCCCCGAGUUCGUGCUGAGGAACAUCCCCAUCAAGGAGGGAGACGGGAUCAACCUGGACAGGAGUUGGCUGCUGCCGGUGCUGCGCGAGAAGCUGGCCGGCGCCAGGCUGAGGUACUUCGCCACCGAGAUCCUGGAGCUGGCGACGCUCUGCAGGCGAAGGGCCCGCGAGUACGGCCAGGCCGGCGACAGCCCACGCGCCCACACAUACGACCUGCUCUGCGCCCAGCUGUGGGCGCUGCUGCCCAGCUUUUGCAACUCCCCCGUCGACGUUAAAGACAGCUUCAAGUCCGUGGCCCGCGUGCUGGGCAACGUGCUGAAGGACAACCCGGAGUUCCGCCUCUCCGUGAUGCAGGCCUUGAGGAAGCUGAUCGCGUGCAGUGCGGACAAGGAGGACGAUAGGAACGAGCUGGCCAGGUUCGCCAAGAACUACCUGCCGAUACUGCUCAACAUCUACAUGUCACCGGCCAAAGGCAGCGAUGCCGUUGGUCAGAGGCUGGCGGCUUUGGAGACUAUACAGGUGUAUCUGACGAUUAGCGAGGACAGUGUACGCGAUGAGCUGUACAGCAACGCACUAAUACAGCUGGAGGCGGCCGUCGAUAAGCAUUUCCAGCGGGAAUCCAUCCUGGAUGUCAUCCGGCUUCUUGUGCUAUACCAGUCGAGCGAGCAGAUCACUCUACUCUUCGACAAGUGGGUCAUCCCGCUAUGUGAGACCACCUUGGAGGACCCCAAGACAUACUACAAGAAGGCCAAGAAGGCCUCCGGACAAGAAGACACAGAAGCCAACCGUCAGCUUAAAUACAAGGAGAAAGCGAAACUGCUGGAAAUGGAACACAAGAAAGCAUAUCGGAUACUUGAGGAGAUCUUCACGAGUGAAAGAGACGCAUGCAAGGAGUUCAUAAAGAACAAUUAUAAGAAGAUAAAGAAGAUGCUCAUGAGCUCGCUCAGUAAUGUUGCGGCUAGCAGCAAGGCUGCUAGGCUAAGGUGCAUCCAGCACCUGAUAGGGGCGUCGCCGUUCCUGAGCGGCGAGAGCAGGCUGGUGCGCAGCGCCGUGGCCGAGGCGGUGGUCUGCACCAAGGACGUCAGCUCCAAGUGCCGCCAGGGCGCCUUCGACCUCAUCUCCGCCGUGGGACGAGUGCUCAAGCCGCAGGAGGGAGGAAUGGCGGCGUUCGUGGAGCUGGUCAGCGCCGGCCUCUCGGGCACGGAGCCGCGGCUGGUGAGCGCCAGUGUGCGCGCCCUGGCCUCGGUGCUGUACACCUUCUGCGAGGACCUGGGCCUGGAGGCGGCCCAGGGCCUGCUGGAGCGGGCGGCGGGGCUCAUGCAGCACCCCAGCCGCGAGGUGGUCGCUGCCGCCUUGAGCUUCGUCAAGGUGUACACGAAGAUUGUGCCCACGGAGGUCCUCGCUGGCAGCCUGCCGCUGAUCUUCCGCAGUCUAGCGGCCAUGGUCGAGGACUGCAAGCGGCACUCGCGCCUCGAGAUCGGCCACUUCCUCGCGAGGGCGGUGAGGAAGUUCGGGGCCGAGGUGGUGGAGAAGCUGGUGCCCGCUGAGGACGAGGUCACGCUGCGGCGGCUGAGGAACAUCCGCAAGCUGGCCAGCAGGAAGAGACGCGCCCGGGAGCAGAGGCGAGGGCAUGACGAAUCGGACACGGAAGCUGACAUGGCGGUGAAGGGCACCUCCACGACCCUGGAGGACAUCCUGAAGGACUCCGACUCGGAGAUGGAGUAUCUGGAGGAGGAGGAGCGGCCCAGGGCGAGGCCGAAAGCGAAGCGCGCCGGCGCCAAGGCCUGGAUCCAGGACGACGCUGACGAGAUCGUCGACCUGGCUGACGUCUCUGCCGCAAGGAAGAUCACCGCGACCGACCCAACGAGGAAGAAGGUGUCUGCGGAGGCGGUGGCGAAGAAGAAGGACGGCGGGUUCCGGACGGCGGCCGAUGGCAGGCUCAUCAUCAGCGAGGACCUGGCCGAUGAUGAAGAGCCCCGCCCCAGUGGUGACAUCGACAGCGACACUGACGACACCGACGACGAGUCGGGCAAGGCUACGAGGCUGCUGAUGCCGGGCGCCAAGCGGCGCUUCGACGAUAUCCUGAGCGUGAAGAGCGGCCGCAGCAGGGCCAGCCGGGCCUCCGCCGCCACCACUGCCACCACUGCCACCGCCACCACCGGCACCGGCAAGUACAGAGCCGGUGGCAGGGGAAUUCACAGACCCCUGGGCUCAGCGGCGUCCGGCGCCGGCAAGGAGUACAGCAGCAAAAAGGCCAAGGGCGACGUCAAGAAGAGGGGCAAGCCGGACCCCUACGCGUACCUCCCACUCUCCAGGAAGAACCUCAACAAAAGGAAAAAGGCGGUCACGUCGAAACAGUUCAAGGGUAUCGUGAAAUCGAAGACCAAAUCCACGAACCUGAGGUCGAAGAGGCAA